AUGGCCCUCGGCGAAGACCACUUCAUGUACUUCGAGGGCAGCGAUGAGAUUGGACACUUUAUGUUCUGGAACGAAGGGAAGAAGUCUGGACCGGCUGUGUAUACCCAAAGCGACUUGGAUACCUACACCCAUAUCCUUUACCUUGAUGUCCCUCCUCAGGAGAUCGUCAAGCGCCGUCUCGAUGAUCCUGGCAGAGAUCGCUCGCACGUCUCAAUCAACCAUGUGCAACGCUGGGUGGAAGCUGAGAAGCAAAUGCUUCGCGACCUUUGUUAUCGCAAUAACAUUCUUUUUUGUGCUGUGACUUCGAACGUGAUACCCUAG